CUUGCUUCAAUUUGCUUACCGUUCGGAUUUCCAGUUCGUGUUUGUUGCCCGUGAAGGAUGCCUUCUGCCAACCCUAAACUAGAGAAACAGGCCUCUACGGAGACCGUGGAACCCCUACGCCAAGUAAUCAUCGUAAUCGAGCAUAAGAUACGGAAUCUCGAGAAGCGUAAGGGCAGGCUCGAAUCAUAUAGGGAUUUGCAGAAAAAUGGAAGGGAGUUGAAUUCAGACCAGAAGAUAGCAGUGGCCAAAUAUGAUGAAGUGCUUCAAACAUUGGACAAUACUCGGGAUCUGUACAAACAAAUUGUUACCAUUGCCAAUGAUUCGGUUAAGCAGCAGAAGAAACAGGCAAGGAAGGAGGCUGUCGAGCGUAUGCAGCAAGACAUUGCAAAAGUGAAAGAGGUACUACUUAUUCAACACAUCUUGGUAAGCAUGGCCACUGAUUCCAUUAGAAAUGACUUCACUCAAGGAACAAACGGGGCUAUACAACUGUCGGAAGAGGAGUUAAAGUACCUGGAGAACUUGUAUAUUGAAGUAAUUAUGAAACAUCAACGUGAAGAAGAUGACUCAACAUUUAUACAACAAGCCCAAAAAGUAGCAGAGCACUAUGUGGCUAUUGUGGAUGGAAAACAACGUGAAGUUGUUGGCACUACUUAUAACAAAUUGAAAGAAAUUAUUGCAAAAAUAAAUCAGUGCGGUUACUUUGAUCAAGUUCAUGAAUGUUCAGAGGCAAUACCAGUAGAAGAGGUUGCAGAAGCUGUAGCGGACACGACGCUUACCGAUCCACAGACAGGGCAGGAACAGGUCAACGAAGAAUACAAUAAUGGCAACGACAGGCACAUUCCACCGGAACCCAUGAUACCCAUUCCAAACUUUCCAGUCCAAGUUGCGCCGCUCCCUGUUGUUUCCGGCGCCGCUCCGGUCUCGGGACCCAUUUCGGUCGUUCCACAGCCUAUGCCGCCUCAUCCAGCCGCACCGGUCGACACGCCUUACUAUACAAAUGCCACCAGCUUUGUUCCGCAACAGCAGCAGCAAGCCCAACAACAAUCCCAGCAACAACCUCCACCAGCGCCCCGCAUCAAUGAUGUUAUAGGCACGCCGAACUUCUUCUUCUUACAAGAAUCCGAGCUCGAUUCACCGGAUGUCACGUCGCAAACACCCAUCGUAUCGCACAUUCCUCCCACAGUCAACGCGCCCAUUCCUACACAGACCUUUACGAAUCAAAACUUCGCAAACACACCCGUAGGCGUUCCUCAACAAGUCAUAUACCAGCACCAACCACCGCAGGAUAUGUCGCACAUUCCUGGAUUCGCGAAUCCUAAUCCACCGCCACCAAUCCCGAUGCCGCCUUCGCAUCAGCAGCCGAACUUGCAAUAUAGUCCGCAACAUCCGACCGGUUUUCAGCCUCAACAAUCACAGCAGCAACAAAAUGUGGUACAACAACUGCCACAAGGACAGACCCAAAAUUUUAAUGAACAAAGAUCACCACAUCAACAAGAGACUCAAACGUCCACAGAGGAAAAAAUCGAGAAUGGCCAAAAUGAAACUACUACUACGGACUCAUCGUUGGAACAACAGACUGAAUCUGUUGAUUGGUGUCAGAUGACCGAGACCAAUGAUUGGAGUCAGUCCGAUCAACAACAGCAAUCUAUUCAAGAUCCCCAGCAAGUAUCGCCACAACAGACAUCGCAGCAGACUUGGGGUGAUCAACAACGUGGAUACAGAGGAAGGGGAAAUAGAAGGGGGACCACUAACGGCUAUAAUAGCAGAGGCAGGAAUAAUUAUCAACAAAAUGGACGCGGAGGACAAGGCACGUAUUACCGCAACGAUAGCAAUUACCAGAACGGAUAUCAGCAACGUUCUUGGGGUAACAACGACGGAAAUAAUGGAUAUUCCACCGGCUUUAAGCGUGGUGGUGGUGGAGGAGCGAGGGGUGCGCGCAAUGAGCGCGUUGGUCGUGGACAAUAUCGAGGACAGAAUAGGACCAACCGUGGCGGGUAUACACCACGCGGCAAACCUCAUCCCGCGCAAUAAGCGAGAGAGGAAAACGCUAGCGUAAAUACGCAGUGAAACGCACUAUAAAAAUGAUUCUGCGAUUACAAUUCAACUGUCUAUUUACGAAAAAGCUUAAGUCGAUGAUGCAUUUGCAAUAUGAAGUGAGAUUUCAAAGUAGUAGGUAUCGCGUGCAUGAGUAUUAAUAUGCAAACGUUGAUAUCGAUAAAGAUCGAUUAAGUGACUGAUGUAGUUUCUGUAAUGCAAUAGCAACUGUAUUACAUAUUUUUUUUUAAUCUAUUUGCACAUAUAUUAAGUAUCUUUGAUAAGAUAAAACUGAUUAGAGUUGUACACAAAAAAUAUAGUUUUGCAUUUAAUGUAAUAAUUUCUUAUAAAGUUAUGUACAAUAUGUAUUGUACAUAACAAUGAUAACGAAAAAGAAAUUUGAAGAAUCUUAUGUUGGCAUUUGCGGAGACUUGCGGCUUAGGAUAUUUCUUAAAUAUGACGUUGAAAAAGUAAAACUUUGCAUUUGAAUUUGGUGUCUGUAAUUAUGAAGAGAAGAUUAAUGUUAAUAAAAAAAAGACGAUACAGAGGUAACACAUUGUGAUAUAUAAAAAAAAUCAACCAAAUUCAGAAGCGUGAACCUACCGUGCAAGUAUUAUUGUAUUAUGUGACAGAAGGCAGGUUUCACAGGGCAACAACAGCAGAUUAACGAAAAAAGAAAAAAAAUUAUUAAAAAAAAGAAAAAAAAAGAAAAGAACUCUCAAAUAUUUCAUGUAAAGACUACAGGAACGUAUUUAAAAAAUAACGUUAAGAUGAUUAUAAGUAUAUAUAUAUAUAGUAGGCGAUCUGCACGACCAUCUCUUCGUCUUGCGGCGCAUCGCUUCCAGAGAGAAUUUUUUAAGAUACCAGAAAAAAAGAGGACAUAGCGAGCAAUGCCUUCUCUAAACUGCUAAAAAUAUUUUUUCGAUUUCGUACUUCGUAUCUGGCAUACGAACUUGAAAAAUAAAACAAUUAAAAAUUUUGUAUCGAGAUGGUAAUUUGAGAAAGUUGUAAUGAGUCAUGAUAUAUAAAGAUCUGGAAAGGACGACAUUUUUUCAUAUAGAGAUACAUAUACAUCGUGACACUAUACACAUUUCGGAUUGCUAUCGCUCCCUUCCUUCUGUUUUUUUCUGCGUAAUUCCAAAAUUCCUCGUAUAAUGCCUUACACCGCCAAGCGAAAGAGAUUGCGGUGCGAUGUCCUCAUUUACAAUAUAAUGCAUUAUCUAAUUUUUUUUGUAUUAAAAAAAGAAAAAAAAACGUAUAAUUAUUUUUAAAACGGAGGAAGCGAUUAAAGAGAGGAAGAGAGAGAGAAAGAGCGUGCGGAGCUCUUAGCGUAUAAGUCGAGUUCAGUGUACAAUUAUUGCCUAGAUUCAAAGAAAGAAAGAUGUGUUAAAAGUGCACUGCCGAUAAGUCACGCUCCACACCGAUGAAAAAUAUCAUAUUUUGUUUGUACAUUUGUGUUUAAUCACCUUCCUAUCCUUCCCCGUCACUAUUACGUUAAACUAUCCUACGAAUGCCUAUGUAUCUUCCAAAUAAAGAUCUAAUUCAACCCU